GUCGGUUUUUCAUAGGGAGCAAUUUUUGUUUAUGUUUUAUUUGUCGAUUUUGGUUGUCAUGUAUUUAAGUUUCGAUGUUUUUAUCUUCGUAUGCCUCUUGGAUUGAGAAAAAUUUGUCAAGGUGGUUCUCGAGACAUCAAAUAGAACCAUAAUAGACCGAAAGUUACUCGCUGAGCGAGUAACAUAACCUCAACAUGCCGCCGGGGGUUAAAAACCCCGAUACAGGAGACCCUAAUCAAAAACGAAAAGUCUACGAAAAAUUCGAAUACACCAAAAAUGACAAAGGACCAUAUCGCUUAAUUGCUGAACUAAUCGACGAUCAAAAAGGAGAAAUUCGCAUCAACAAAUUAACAGUCGGCAAACUUCUAUGUAAGAGUAAGGAGUACAAGGACAAUAUCAUUAACAUGCGACCCAUGGGCCAGAAAAGACUGCUUGUCUUCGUCAAGAGCUACACGAUUGCAAACCGACUACAAGAGGAUGAAACCAUGAAGGGAAACAACUACAGUUUCUACGUACCGCGAAACUUUCUAACGAUCACUGGAGUAGUAUCAGGCGUGCCAGUCGAAAUGUCCAAUGAAGAAAUUAUGGAGAAUAUGACAUGUGAAGUACCAAUCGUGAACAUUUACCGAUUGCAUCGAUUCGUUAACAACAUGAAAAUACCAACCAACCGCAUCAGCAUCAUGUUCAGAACAAGCCAAUUACCCGCCGAAGUAAAAUUGUACUGUUGCAACAAUAGCGUUCAACCAUUCAUCAGCAAACCCGUACUGUGUGAAAACUGUCUACGCUACGGUCAUAAAACGGAAACAUGCCGGUCCAAAAAACGAUGUCCAGUCUGCGCGACACACCACGAAGGGGUGGAAACAGGUGACUGCAAUAACAAAAACGCUUGUCUCUACUGCAAGAGAGAUCACCGCACGAAUGACCCUAAUUGCCCAGAGAGAGAGAAACAACGGAACAUCAAGAAGAUUAUGGCCAAAUCCAACAUGAACUACCUAGAAGCACGCGAGAUUAAUCCAAUCAUGACGCAGAAUCGGUAUGACAUAUUGGAAAAUCUAGCGGAUUUCCCAACACCAUCAGAGAGUUUCGCAACGAUGACGGCAGGCAACUACAAGCCAAAGGAUCCACAACAAUACAAACCACAGGCAGUACAAAAAGUAAAAGAGCGCUCAAAGAAAUCAACAUUGCUGACACAGUGA